AUGCCUCGUUCAAAGCGCGCGCGCGUGGUUCAUGAGUCGAAGACGACCAAGAAAGACCACAAGGAGCAAACUCGCCGGCUAUAUGCCAAUAUCCGGGAAUGUGUCGAGGAAUAUGAUCACCUGUUUGUCUUUGCAGUCGACAACAUGCGGAACACCUACCUGAAGGAUGUGCGCACCGAGUUUGCAGACAGCCGUCUCUUCUUCGGAAAGACCAAAGUCAUGGCCGUUGCUCUCGGUACAACACCCGAAAAUGAAGCUGCUCAGAACCUGCACCGCCUCAACAAAUAUCUGACCGGUGCUGUCGGCUUGCUCUUCACCUCGCGCGCCGCUGACUCUGUGACCGAUUAUUUCGAGAACUUCCGCCCCCAAGACUUUGCUCGUGCCGGCACUGUUGCCACCCGCUCCUUCUCCAUCCCCAAUGGCUUGGUCUAUUCGCGGGCUGGCGAGGUCCCCGCCGAAUCUGAUGAGCCUAUUAGCCACACCAUGGAGCCUGCACUCCGCAAGCUUGGUGUCCCGACUCGUUUGGUGAAGGGCAAGGUCAUGCUGGAGCUGACUGAGGGACAGACCGGCUACCCCGUGUGCCGAGAGGGAGAGACCUUGGAUUCUCGACAGACUACCCUUAUGAAGAUGUUCGGUGUGACUUCUUCCGAGUUCAAGGUUGACCUCAAGGCCUGCUGGAACCGCAACACUAGUGAGAUCAAGAUUCUGGAACAGGGCGAUAUGGAAGUCGAUGCUUGA